AUGGCGUCCUCCCUGUUCGCGAGGCACAUCCUGGGAGUGACGCCCGGCGCGUUCGAGCUGCGGCUGGAGCUGGCCAGCCUGCCGGACCCCUCGCUGUUCGUGGGGUCGCCGCGGGGCUUCCGCACGGCGAGCGUGAUCGAGUGGACGGACGACGAUCUCGAUGCGGACGUCCUGGCGCGGGCGAGGGCAGCGAUGGAGGCCUGCCACGGGGGGCUCCUGCUGGAGCGCUGCGAGCUCGCGCUCACCUUCAAGGAUGAAGGUGGCGACGAGUCAGGCCCGCCGGUGCGCGUUGAUCUGUCCGUCGCCCAGGCGUUCCCCUUCGUGUAUUCCAUUGAGCUCGCCAGGACCAAUGGCUCCGGGGCGCCCAAGGGGCAGCUGGUGGCCGACCUGCUGGGGCUGCUGGAUCUGAGGCAUGCGCGAAGGCUGAAGGCCGGCGCGGGGUUCGGUCCCACCAUUUGGACUUCCACCAACAUGGCGAGGUGGGAGGCUCUAACGCAUUUGAGCCUGUCCUCCAGCGGCGUGGGUGCCCUGGAUGACGCCCUGGGUGCCCUCACCACGCUCCAACAGCUACGCCUGUCGAACAACAAGUUGGCGGCCCUGCCCCGGGAGGUGGGGAACUUGAAGGAUCUGCGUGUGCUCGUCGCCGACCACAACCAGCUGAGCUACAUCCCUGUGGACCUGUGCAACUGUUCAGAACUUCGUGAGCUGAACCUGGAGCAUAAUAGGCUGACAACACCGCUGCUCGACAUGAAGAGACUGUCAAAGCUUCAGUCUCUGCACCUUUAUGGCAACCCACUGGAGUAUUUUCCUGAGCUUUCAGUUUGCACGACCCUCCGGGCACUGUCGCUGGCGAACCUCCAUGUUGUCUCAGAUGCUGGAUUUACUCGCUUCGAGGUGCAAGUUGGGGGAUCAUCGAAUCUGUCUGGUGGUGGUCAGAAACUCACCCAGUUCUUCGCAAUCAUAUUUAGGCGAAGCUCGUGUCAACAUGCCCUUCUGGCUGGAGCCUUAGGCAGGCCGAAUUGCAGAGUAUCAUGA